CCACCACCACCAAUGCGAGCGAAUGCGAAGACAUAUCCCGACGACUUCCAGAGCUCAUAGCCAUCAAAUUCCUGAGCGAUUAUGGGAUCGUCCGGAGGCGAGGCGAUGAAGCCUUGAGAUCUGACACUUGGGAUAGCAGCGAGGAUGAAUCGGACAGUUCGAUUGAAUUUGAGGACAAGGGCGAGAGCUAUAGAAGGAAUACACCGGAUGGGGCAACACAUCAUGGAUGGCCUAUUAUUGGCGAAAUGAAGGCUCCAGCAGGGAUCAAGUUUGGCAUCAAGGCCAGACGGGAGAUUCGUGCACUGAGGGCAGCACAAGGACACCCUAAUGUAAUACCAUUUCUUGGGUUCACUAGUACCCCCUUGGCCAACCCACUCAAGCGUUCAAAGAAGCAGUACAAUGAGCAGUCAUCGCAACCACUGCAACUGAAUCAAGACAAGGUGCAAGAGAACAAGGACAUCACCACCACAACUGGGGAUUUUGGUGGUCCAUUACUAGGAGCAUCGCAGGGAUUAGCCAGGAGUUUGUUCCAGGACCAUAGGCCUUCUGAAACCUCGCCGCUUGCGCCAGCACAUUCAAUAACCCCCCGAGAAUUGUUCCCGUCAUCUUCCAAUACAGGAUUCGACAGCGACAAUGACUCGGACGAAACUUACUCGGACGACGAGGAGCAAUACGACUACACGGGGAAGGAUGCAUCUUCCAUGACACCUCAGGAAUUAUACAGCGUCUUUGCGCAUCAACCUAGAAUGGGAGGCAUCAUCCUACCUUAUAUCCCGAUCUCGUUAUGGGAUCUGAUACAGAUCGGAUGGACAAAGACCAGACCCUUGUUGGUGGAGACAUGUAUGCGACAGAUUCUCGAGGGACUGGCAUGGAUCCAUGACGAGGCUGGAUUGAUACACAGGGAUGUUUCGGCUACGAACAUCAUGGUGGGUACUGAUCGCGACACGGAGGAUGGAGAGGGCAUCGUUCAUUGUAUGAUCUCGGACUUUGGGUGUGCGACGUUUCAUCGACCUGCGACGACAGACGACGCUGCCGUUCCAGAGAGAACCCAGCCUGCAAGCACCAGGAACGGCGGGGAUGGUUAUUAUGGUCAGCCUUACAGGCAAGAACUGACCUUUGAGGUCGGGACAAGAGCGUACCGAGCCCCCGAGCUCCUGUUUUCGUCCCAAAUAUAUACGAGUGCGAUUGAUAUUUGGUCCGCUGGCGUUUUGUUCGCGGAAAUGUACCUGGGAAGACAUCUCUUUGAGGCGGAUUCCGAUAUCGGUCAAGUCUGUGCCAUUGUAAAGGUACUAGGCACGCCCACUGAGGAAAAUUGGCCCGAAUACCCCCGUAUGCCGGAUUAUGGAAAAUUGUCCUUUCAAGCGUUGGAAAUCAAUCCUUUAUCGAGCAUUCUUCUUUCAAAAGUGUCAAGUACAGGCACAUCCGACUAUCAGGACACUACUGCGUCGCCGUCCCCAGUCAUCUCUCCAGAAGCAUUCGAAUUAAUCGAGCACUUGGUCGCCUACUCCAGCACAGCACGCCCGUCAGCCCGCGAAGCGUUAGAGUUCAGGGAACAGUUCUUGCAGAGGACGAAGCGGAUGGGGUCUAAUCGAUCCCUCAAGAGGGCAAAGCACGGUGGGGAUCAGGGCGAGGAGGCCCACGCCUAUCUGGAGCAAUGUAGAAUCCCGCAGGAUCGCAUUCUAGCGGAGCAGAAGCGGAUGAAGGAGGAGGAGUCGGAGAAGGAGGAGGAGUCGGAGGAGGAGGAUGACGACUCGGACUCGGACGAGAAACCACAGGUUUACGAUCCCUUUUGGUUUGAGGGAUAUGGUGAGUUACCGGACGAAAAGAACGUGCUUCGAUUCGGAAAGGAGGUGAUGGUGUUGCCGCCCGAGACGGACGAGGACGAGGAUGAUGGGGAGCAUAAGCAGGGCGUGAAGAGACAAAGGUCCGGAAGCGAAGAAGAGUAUGAUGAGAGUGACGAAGAUCAAGGUUACCAGGAAAAGGACUACCGGCAAGUGGUCUACCAGGAUGAGGAUGACGGACGAUGACGACGAAUUACAGCGACUUAGAAAAUGAAUAAAAAACGAGUGACCUGGAUAACCGCCGUGGAUUUUCCCCCGAGUGGAU